AUGUCGACCCCAACCACAGCAACGGCCACGCUCCCACCGCACUCUCAUUAUCGUCACAACCAUUAUCCCUACGCCCACCACACCCAUCCCCACGCCAGCCAGGCCUACCAGACCAGCACCCCCAGCGGCGGCCCUGCAUCUUACCACCGCGCAGCGCCCACCGCGAGCAACCCUAUCCUCCCCACCCCUUCCUCGACCGCCGCCUCGAGUACGACGACAACGACAACAACAACAACAGCAACUCGACUGCCUCCCAUUCCCUACCCUGCGCCCGGCCAGAUCGACUACUCGACGGCCUCGCCGCCCGACAUCAAUAAUCACGCGGCCGCCUCGCUGUCAAAUGGCGUAGCCCAGCCCGCAUCCAACGCUGCCAUUCCCAGAUCUGCCGCUCACCACCACACCCACCACACCCACCACACCCACCACAACCACCACCACCACCACACGUCGAGACCCGCUCCCCGAUCCGACGCCGCCGCCUACAACACCAUGCCUACCACCACCACACAUACCCAGUCGUCUGCUCAGCAGCCGUCGUCGGCCACGAGGAAGAGGAGGCGCUCCCAGGCCCCCGAUUGGGACAAGUUCUACCAAAACGGCCUGCCCAAAGAGAUCAUUGUCAUUGAGGACAGCCCAGAGCCUGGCCAGGCGCCCAAUCGUGGCGUCAAGGUCAUCGCUACAGCCGCGGCGGCUUUGAACGUCACCACCACCGCCAACGGUGCCGCCGCCGCUCGCCAUGUCGCCAAGCGUCGAAAGCGUGACGACGAACCCCAGCCGUACGAUCCCAUCUACCACAACAAGUACGCUGGCUCCCACGCCCAUACGCCUCAGAACCACUCGACCCCGAGUGGAUCCACCAUUUCCACCGACAGGACCACGAGCUCGGCUCAUCACACCACCGCCGCCACCUCGCUGUCCUCGUCCAACGGCUACCACGAAGACACCCAGGCCGGCCAAAAGAGGAAAAGAACCACCCGCCAGCAGCUCGCCCAAGAGGCGAAGAAGCGGGAGCUCGAGGCCCUCAGCGACACAUGUCCCAGCUACAGGCCUCCGCCCUACCCUCCCAAGAAGGCGCCCGACGUCCACGUUCGCGUCAUCCAGGAUCAUCCCUAUAACAAGAACAGCAAGGUCGACGACGACGAUGGCCACUACGUCGUCGUCCCCGACGCCGACCUCACAGACAAAUUCCUCCAUGACCUCAACCUCAUCCACACGGAUCUGAAGCCCGAGAACAUUCUUCUCUGUGACAACACCUAUCAGACAUUCACGUACAACAGGAAGAUUCCCUCGUCGUCGUCCACCGUCAAUCGCCAAGCGAAUCAGAGGAGGGUGCUCUUGGACACGGAGAUUCGACUCAUCGACUUUGGCUCUGCCACGUUCCAAGACGAGUACCAUUCCUCCGUCGUGUCGACACGGCACUACCGAGCGCCCGAGAUUAUCCUGGGCCUCGGCUGGUCUUUCCCUUGCGACAUUUGGAGCAUCGGCUGCAUCCUCGUCGAGUUCUUCACCGGCGAUGCGCUCUUCCAGACGCACGAUAACCUGGAGCAUCUCGCCAUGAUGGAGAUGGUCUGCGGUUCGAGGAUCGACACCCAUCUCGUCCAGUCGGUCAGCAAGAUGGCCCAGAGGAGCGCAGGAAACCCUGCUGCCAAGUACUUUAAGCGGUCCAAGUUGGACUAUCCCACGACAGACACUACGCGGGCGUCGAGGCGAUUCGUCAAAGCCAUGAAGCACCUGACGGAAAUCAUCCCAUCCAACAACACGUUCUUCAGGAACUUUUUGGACUUGCUGCGCAAGAUCUUCAUCUACGACCCGGCGCACCGCAUCACGGCCAAGGAAGCCCUGAACCAUCCGUGGUUCAAGGAGCCGGCGCAACCCGACGACGGCACAGAAGCGGCUAAGAUUCGCCUGGAGCGGACCAGGAUGGAGCAAGAGAUUGCCCGCCUGCCCCAUAUGCACGCGUGA